AUCCGAUUCUCAAAUUCUCACGUUGAGAAAGGGUGGACAAUGGCUUACACGCUCCCAAAUGGAAUAAGGGAAGCUUUCAGAGCACUCUGGCCAAGAGUAAAUCCAGGCAAAGACCAGUUCUAAAGCUGGGGAUUAGUAUUCAAAGGUCUUGACCCUCCCACAGCUGCCCCCUCAAAGUGAGUGCUGGCUCUCCUGUGGCCCACCUCCCUACCCAAAGCUUUUGUUGGGGUCUCCCUCUUGGCAUAUGGAAUGGGUGACCAGAUUCUGGUCCCAGCCAGCCCCUGAUGCUGGCCUGGCCUUUUCAGAGUGGCGGGUAUGAUCUCAACCUCUUCACCAGCCCUCCCAACAGCAGCUUUGUGUGCUCUGUCUGCCACGGAGUUCUCAAGAGGCCAAUGAGGUUGCCAUGCAGCCACAUCUUCUGCAAGAAGUGCAUUCUCCGGUGGCUAGCCAGACAAAAGACCUGUCCAUGCUGCAGGAAAGAGGUGAAACGGAAAAAGAUGGUCCAUGUGAAUAAGCUCCGAAAGACCAUUGGCCACCUGGAAGUGAAGUGCAAGAACGCUGAAGCUGGCUGUUUGGUGACGUGCCCCCUGGCCCAUCGCAAAGGGCACCAGAACUCAUGCCCUUUCGAGCUAAUGGCCUGCCCCAACGCGGGCUGCACGGUGCCAAUAGCACGUGGGGCCUUGGCAGAGCACCUGCAGCAGUGCCAGCAUGGUGCCCAGCAGCACUGCACCGGGGGCUGCAGGACCACCCUGGACCCAGCGGAGCAUGGGCCCCACAACUGCCCCCAUGAGCUACACGAAGCCUGGGGGCAGCGCCGGGGGGGCAGCCAGACCCUGGUGCUGUGCCUGCUCCAGCACGUGCGCAAGGUGCACCACACCACCAGCCUCAUCUGCAGGCAGCUGGCCCAACUUGGAAACUUCCUGGAGAACGACGCACUGCUCCUCGGUGCCCAGCAAGAGGAUGUCGAGGCCACCCCACAAGGCAGCAUUGGGGCUGAGGUGUUGGGGGUCCAGGACCAAAGUACCUUAUAAAUUGAAGGAUAAAUAAACACGAGCCCUGAACUGGCUUGCUCCCGCCUUUUCUGUGCUGGCAGCCAGCCCUCCACCUCUGCAGGCACUACUCCCUUCACCCUGCAGGGACACUUUCUGGCCUCUCUCCCUCCACCUCUCCCAAGUCCUUUCCCACCGCUGGAUUUUAACACAGGCUGCUUUACCUCACUCUCCU